AUGCCACCCUCACUUCGUCGCCGAGGUGGCCGGGUCCAGCAGCAACAUCACAUGCCCCCACCUUCACCCCCAGGAGCAGAUGACACGGAUAGCGAUGUGGAACUGGACGGCCACCGCCAAGAAGAAGAAGAAGACCAAGAUCUCGAUGGUAACGAUGAUGACGAAACACUCGGCGACGACCUAGCAGGGCUCGCAGGCGAAGAGGAAGACGAAGAGGAGGAAGGCGACGAAGAACUAGAUGACGAAGAGGGUGAUGGUUUUGGUUCGCCAAACCACGCCGGCGACACUCCAUUACCCAAUCUCGAUCCUCCACCACCAUACCUCCGGGAAAUAUCUACCUUGGCUUCCUGGACCGUUUCGUCUUCUAAACCGGGUUGUUCGAUACCUCAGCUUCGGCAUCCAAAUACGAAUCUAUUUUGGCAAUCCGAUGGUCCGCAGCCACACUACCUCAAUAUACACUUCUUCAAGCUCGUUCGUAUAGUUGGUCUUAGACUGUACCUAGACUUUGAACAAGAUGAGAGCUAUACGCCGACUAAGAUCAUUUUCUUAGCAGGCAGCGGUUUGAACGAUCUCCAGGAGUGGGGCGAAAUGAGAUUGGAGAGCCCGAGAGGAUGGAUAUGGGCGGACUUUUCCGGUGUAGGAGAUCCGGAUAGCGACGACGAUGGAGAUGACGACGAAGAAAAUAAUGAAGGAGGCACUACUACAGGUCACCGACCACAACGUCUCCUGACGGGAGCCUACACUCUAAACGGAACGAGAAGGAGUGGAAACGAAGCUGCAUCUUCUGAUUCUGAAAACGCGGCGCCGACUCAAGAGGCUGAUGUCACGGACCUGGAUCUGGAGACGCCGAUUCAUCAACAACAGCAGCAGCAUACACCAUUUCCUCCUUAUCCCCCCACUACACACGGCCAUCCACAGAUAACCCCCCAAACUGUUCCACCAUCUCACAGCCACAACCUCCGUCAUUACCAUCACACCGUCACACCAAUCCAACAUCAACCAUCCACACCUUCGCUCCCCCAAACUAUAUCGCGUCCCCACCCUAGAGCGCCUUUCGCAUCCCUCUCCCCUAACCCCCAACCUCGCCCCAUCCCGUCUUCCACCCAAUCAACCCCCAAGUUGCCAGUUCUGCGCGCUCAUCUCGUGCAGAUCAAGAUAUUAGAGAAUCAUCAGAACGGUAAGGAUACACAUUUAAGGGGUUUGCAGAUAUUCGCUAGGAACGACGAGGAUGGGUAUAAAACAGGAGGACAUGGUGCGGGUAGUAAUGUCACGAAGGGAGUCACGAGUGGAGCACAAGGAAUGGAGCUGUUGAAAAGGGAAAAGAAAGAAAAGAAAAGGAGAGAGGAAGUGUUGGAGUUGGGUGGUGGCAUCAUGGGUAUGGGUUUGGGGAGUGAGGGGGUUCUUCGUUAA